AAUUGCCAUGGCAACCCCGGGGUUCGUUCCACUUCCCCACCCAGCCGACCCCCCCUUCUCCUCCCUGCGCUGCAGCCAACCGGCUUGUGCGCGUCCCGGGAGCGCGCUAUAAAACCUGCGCUGGUGGCGCCGGGCGUGAGCCGGCGAGCGCGGGACCUGGGGGAAGGCAAGCAGUGCCAAUCUCCGCGAAGAAAGUCUCGUUUUGCAAAAGCAAGAGGAAAAAGCCUGAGUAUGCAGAGUGUGCAGAGCACGAGCCUCUGUCUGCAAAAGCAGUGCCUCUGCCUGACCUUCUUGCUUCUCCAUCUCCUGGGACAGGUAGCUGCGAGUGAGCGCUGCCCUUCCCCGUGCCCAGGCCAGUGCCCCGCGACGCCGCCGACCUGCGCCCCUGGCGUGCGCGCGGUGCUGGACGGCUGCUCCUGCUGUCUGGUGUGCGCCCGCCAGCGCGGCGAGAGCUGCUCAGAACUGGAGCCAUGCGACGAGAGCAGCGGCCUCUACUGCGACCGCAGCGCGGACCCCAGCAACCAGACUGGCAUCUGCAUGGCGGUAGAAGGAGACAACUGUGUCUUCGAUGGGGUCAUUUACCGCAGUGGAGAGAAAUUCCAGCCAAGCUGCAAAUUCCAGUGCACCUGCAGAGAUGGGCAGAUUGGCUGUGUGCCCCGCUGUCAGCUGGACGUGCUACUGCCUGAGCCUGACUGCCCAACUCCAAGAAAAGUUGAGGUGCCCGGAGAGUGCUGCGAAAAGUGGAUCUGUGGCCCAGAUGAGAAGGGAACAUUGGGAGGCCUGACCCUUGCAGCCUACAGGCCAGAAGCCACCCUAGGAGUUGAAGUCUCUGACUCAAGUAUCAACUGCAUUGAACAGACCACAGAGUGGAGUGCAUGUUCGAAGAGCUGUGGCAUGGGUUUUUCCAGCCGGGUCACCAACAGGAAUCGUCAGUGUGAGAUGGUGAAGCAGACUCGGCUCUGCCUGGUGCGUCCCUGUGAACAAGAGCCUGAGGAACCAACGGAUAAGAAAGGAAAGAAGUGUCUCCGCACCAAGAAAUCACUCAAAGCCAUCCAUCUGCAAUUCAAGAACUGCACCAGCCUGCACACCUAUAAGCCCAGGUUCUGUGGAGUCUGCAUAAAGGGCUCUCGAUCCUCCCAGUUACCCAGCUUAAAUGGCCAGGACUUUCUUGGUCAUUCUGCUCUUGCCACGUGCUCAGAAAAGCGUAUUUCCAGUGAUGCUGUAGAGCUGGACCAGGACAGGGCUGCCAUCUGGGCAGUGUGA